AGCUGGAUAUGGCCAGAUGAAAAAAUAUUGGGCUCGACCUACGCCUUGCCCAAUUGAGUAUUUGUUUCUCGAAUAGGUAUUCUAUAUCCAACUGUGAUCAUCCAGUAUUUGUAUAAUAUUUGGCUUCUGAUGUCACGCUAAACAAUAUGGCGAAGAUAGGAGAAAAUAAAAGCUAAAAAUGGUACGCUGGUGUGUACUUGGAGGGUGCUCCAAAUCGAGAGAAAACAAUGGGGUGUCGUUGCAUGAGUUCCCAAAGGAUCUCUCUAUCGCCAAAAAAUGGCAUAGUUUUGUCUUGAAAACGCGGAAAUGGGACAUGCCUCCAGAUACUGCAAUUAGGAGAAAAGUCCAGAUUUGUUCGGAUCACUUCGAAAGGGAUUGCUAUGACAGUAGCCAUUACAAUAAAUGGAAGCUAGGUUUUGUCAAGUUCCUGAUGUUUGACAAAAAUAGGCCUACAUAUCCAGUACCUACAAUAUUGCCACCCAAACCAGAAUCCCUUGAUCAAAAGGCCAAAAGACAAAGUGUUGAGAAUAGGAGGUUGAAAACAACCAGGAAGUUGAAAAUUGCAAGAAUGAAAGCAGAGUUCACUUCACCUAGGCCAAGCAGUGGCACCUCCACUGUUCAAAAAGAUGACAAUGAAAAUCCUUCUGAGGUGUCCUUUGAAGACCCAAGUAAAGUUUCAAGUGUGUCAUCUGUGGACUCAAGUACAUCAGACUCAGGUGUUAUGCAGGACAGUGAGGACACAGAUGUAGUUUCAUCAGUUGAGUCACCUAUUAAGCUAGAACUUGGUACUGAUGUACCACCUGUCUUAUCAGCUGAGUCUGCUUCAUGCAACCAAUUGCAAACUGCACAGUGCAAACCCUGUACUACAUGCGAGGCUUCCACACAAACCAGUGAGACGUGGCCUACACUGUUAACAAGAUAUGGAUCUCCAAAAGAUUUAGAGGCACAUGGUCCAUUGCCAAAAUUACCACCUACUACCAAGGAUUCAUUGGGAAACAUCGUCAGUGUUAAGGAAGCCAAAGAGAAAUAUGAGUCACCACCACGUUUUAUUCAGCAUCCAUCAGAUGAUGAUGGAGAAGAUGAAGAGGAUGAUGACCCU